AUGAGCGCUUGCGACGUCAACAACAGCCUCCAUCGCCACCCUCUUCUUUCCUUCCCCGCCACCGGCGCCACGCUCCUCCUUCCAGUAGCCACCGACGCCGCCGUCUUCUUUUCCCACAGCAGCGAUCAGAAAUAUAAUCAGGGGAAACCUAAGUUAUCAAUUAUCUCAGAAUGGACAUUGCCAGUGUACUCAUUCAAGUUCAAUCAAAUCAAUUGCACAGAAACCUCUUUGUUGCAUAAGGUUGAUUCAGUCAGGCAUUUCUACAAACACUUGAUCAACACUCCAAUUCUCACAAACUCAAUGGCAAAUCAACUCAUCAAACCUCCAAACAACUUCACCAAAUCAUUGAAAAAUCUUUACUUCAUAGCCUCAAAUCUACAAUCGAUGACAACAAGCAAACGAGUUCAAGAUCGAAGCCAAAAGAAACGAGUCCACGCCCUUGAAGUUGCAGUUGAAAAGCACAAAAUCGCAUCCAAAAUCUUGUUUUUAUUGGAACUACUAAAACAUGAACCCGAACAAAUCAUACCCAUAAGAUCUCUUGAUCAACACAGACGCCCUCUAAACUUGCCAAAACCCCACAAAAUAUCAGACUUCAUUCGAAAAUCCCCAAAGUUAUUUGAGUUGUAUAAGGAUCAAAAGGGUAUAACAUGGGUUGGAUUAACAAAAAAAGGUGAAGAAUUAAUCGAAGAAGAAGAGAGAUUAAUAGCAGAAAAUGAAGAGAAAGCUGUUGAACAUGUAACAAGGCUGCUGAUGAUGUCAGUGGAAAAGACUCUUCCUUUAGAUAAAAUCGCACAUUUUAGGAGGGAUUUAGGUUUGCCUUAUGAUUUUAGGAAACAUUGGGUGCAUAAAUAUCCUGAAAUUUUUAGGGUUUUUAAAAAUGAAGAUGAAAUCGAGUUCUUGAAGCUUGUUUCUUGGAACCCAAACUGGUGCGUUACUGAAGUAGAGAAAAAAGUUUUAGGUAUCACAAAAGCGGACGAUUAUACCCCUGGUGUACUUUCAUUACCAUUUCCAAUGAAAUUCCCUCCUGAUUACAAGAAAGUGUAUAGAUAUAAAGGGCAGAUUGAGAAUUUUCAAAAAAGGGAAUAUCUUUCUCCUUAUGCAGAUGCUAAAGAGCUUAAAGCUGGAUCUGUAGAGUUUGAUAAACGAGCAAUUGCAGUAAUGCAUGAAGUGUUGAGUUUUAUGAAUGAGAAACGAUUAGUUACUGAUCAUUUGACUCAUUUUAGAAGAGAAUUUGUGAUGCCACAGAAGCUUAUGAGAAUCUUGUUGAAGCAUUUUGGGAUUUUUUAUGUUUCUGAAAGAGGGAAGAGAUUUAGUGUGUUCUUGACAGAAGCUUAUGAAGGUUCUGAAUUGAUUGAGAAAUGUCCACUGGUUGUUUGGAAGGAGAAAGUUGUGAGUCUUACUGGUUAUAGAGGAAGGAAGAAAAAGAUUGAAACUUUUGAUGAUUUUGAUGAUUUGGAGGAUGAUGAUUUGUUUGAGAGUGAUUCUGAUGAUGAGAAGACUAUUCGGAUUGAUCAAGAAGAUGAUAUGAUGAGUAGUGAUGUUGAAGAUGGAUUGAUUUCAGAAUGUUCUGAGAUGGAUAUUUCAGAAGUUCAGAAAGCUUAUACAGAGAAGUAA